AUUGCUGUAAGUAGGGUGUGCAUGGGAGUGUCGGUUUGUUGAUGCCCAUUAACACUUUGUACUCGUUUAAAACGACUGGCACAGUUUUAAAAAAGAUGUCUUUCUCCAUGUCUUCAAGCCCAACCAUAACGGACAAUAAUGCGAAUGUCUCGAUUUCACUCGUGCCCAUAAAUCAAAAUAAAAGAAGCCAACAAAAUAUUAUAGUUUCGGAGCGACUUAACUUUGAGAUUUACCGUUACUCCAGUUAUGCACAAAACUACACGCCUGAAAAUGUUUUAGUAGACUGCCCAAAUGAUCAAACAUCUCGUUGGUCGGCUUACACAAAUACUCCUCCACAAUUUCUAACCCUAAAGCUAAGACGUCCCGCCAUUGUGAAAAAUAUAAAAUUUGGCAAGUUUGAAAAAUCGCAUGUAUGCAACAUAAAAAAAUUUAAAGUAUUUGGUGGCUUAGAUGAAGAGCACAUGGUCUUGUUGUUAGAAGGCGGUCUAAAGAACGAUAACAUAGCUGAAACAUUCAGUAUACGUUGCUUGAACGAAGACCGGGCAGAACAUUUUCCCAUACUUUAUAUCAAAAUCGUGCCCAUAUUGUCAUGGGGGCCUUCGUUUAAUUUCAGCAUCUGGUACAUCGAACUUCAUGGUCAAGAUGAUCCUAUUUACACAUGCGCUCGUAUGAAGAAUUACAAUACGCUGCGAGAGAUUGAGAUAAUAAAAUUGUGUCUAAAGCAUUUUCGUCAAGAAGGCUAUAUGAGUGCUUUCGGAGCCUUGCAAAAUCAGACAAACGUGCGACUUGAGCAUCCGCUGAUCAGUCAAUUGCACAAACAUCUGGUUGUUGGGGGUGAUUUCGAAAAGGCUGAAUGCUUUAUUGAAGAUUGUAUUGAAGGAGGCCUCAUGGAUGAAUAUUUGACUAAACAGGACUACAAACACACUUGGCACCUAAACCGAAACGAUAGUGCAACUAAACCAGGCAAUCGUGGUGGCCAUCAAUUGCUGGUGGACUCAAAAAAUCGAUUCAUAUACCUGUACGGUGGCUGGGAUGGCUAUCAAGAUCUUAGCGACUUGUGGUUAUAUGAUUUAGAUGAAUGGACUCUACUAUGUGAGAGAUCCGAAUUGUUAAAUGGACCCACACCGCGAUCGUGCCAUAAAAUGAUCUUUGAUCCUAUCAGUGAAAAUAUAUUCAUGUUAGGUCGUUAUCUCGAUAACUCCAUCCGGACUUCAGAGUACAUCAAGAGCGAUUUCUAUUUAUACGACACAAGAGCACGUACCUGGAUGCAAAUCUGCGAUGACACCAGUCAAGUCGGUGGACCACAGCUAGUAUAUGACCAUCAAAUGUGCAUUGAUGCCGACAAGCGCUUUAUUUACGUUUUUGGUGGCAAAAUUUUAACUUCUCGUAAUGUUAAUGCUACAGCCUCUAUAGAACCAGAAUAUUCUGGUCUAUAUUCUUAUCAUAUAGCCACAAAUACAUGGACACAAAUUCUGGUUGAUUGUCAUCAUCACAGCGCGUCGCAAGCAGAUGUUAUGUCCAUCAAAUCAAGAAUAACUCAUUGUAUGGUGUUUCAUAAUAAACACAGAAAACUCUACAUUUAUGGAGGACAACGAGGCAAAGAGGAUCUGGAUGAGUUUCUUUGCUACGAUGUUGAUACGCAGGCUAUAUCAGUGCUGGGCAAAGAACACACACAUCAGGGCAUGUCAGCAAAUUCUAAUGAUGCUAAAAUGGAGCCCUCAUCGGGAUACACCUUACGCGCUACCAUUGACUGCGAUCGGGAUGAAAUAUAUGUAUUUUCGAGUCUUAGCAAAGUGAAAGAUCGUCGAGACUUUCUACACGUAGAUGCCUCUAAUUCAUUUUGGGUCUAUUCUCUAGUCUCUCACAAAUGGUCAAGAAUUUAUUAUUGUCGCUACUACGGACCAAAUAUUUUAGGCGGUAACUACAAGGGCCCUGGCGUUUGUGGUGAACUAGCAGAACACGAGCCAUGCCCACGAUACGCUCAUCAGCUGGUCUACGAUGAUGUCGAAAAGAUGCAUUAUCUGUUCGGUGGUAAUCCAGGCAUUAAUCAGCAUCAACAGCUUCGGUUGGAUGACCUGUGGCUGCUUUUUUUGGAAAAGCCUAAACGCGAAGCGAUCCUAACACAUUGUCGCUAUAUGCUACGCAAAUUAAAAUACGAAGAAAUGGCCCGGCAGUACCCUCUGAAAGCCAUGCUGUAUUUAAGGCAGAAUAUAGCAGCCGUUGUUGAUCAUAGUGAUCCUGAGCAACUAAAAAAAUUUCACAAACUGGCAUCGUUACUCUUCCAAACUAGUCGUGAUAUUGAUUCUGGUGGUGAAAGUCAAGAUAGUGACCUUCAUUUAAUCAUGGAUGGUGCUAAUUCGACCCAAGAAGUUCAAGUUGGUGAAUCAAGCAAUAUUACCCCAAUUGAAAACGUUUCUCUGGAAUCUAAUGAAAGUAUUAGCACAAUGGGUAUAUCGGACAAACUUUUUAGGUCUGAGACCACAUCGUCAGUGAAACAGCUACACACUGAAUGCCAUUCGCACUCUGAUUCAAAAUCGAAACGAGCUUGCCUUUUUAAUAAGUUAGUUCGAUUUAUGCCUUCUAGUAUGGUUCAACCUGAAGGCAAUUUAAGUGAUUUUAUAGUUAUUUAAAUAUAAGGUGUCAUGGGUUGGUUUUUGUAA